GUUGAUUCAUUCGAACUACGUACUCCUGUACAGCAGGCAUGGCGCCUCCGGCGGCCGGCUUGAACGAGAAGCACUACAUCCUGGCGGCUCUCGCGGCGACCGUCGUCGCGGCGGCCGUCGUCACCGUCGUCUUCGUCGUUCUGAGCCCCGCGCGCGUCCACUUCUCCGUCACCAACGCGGGUAGCCACCUGUCCGACGAUGGCACGGUGCAGCUGAACUUCACCCUCGCCGCCAACAACCCCAGCCGGCGCGCGGAGGUGAUGUACCGGAGCAUGUUCGUCGACGUGAGCAACAGCACAGGGCUCCUGUGGGUGAACUGGGUCAGGGCCUACGUGGCCACGGCCAUUCCGCUGCAACAGCCGACGGAUAACGUGACGACCAUCGCCGCUUCGGUGACCCUGCUGGGGGACCCCUCGACGGAGGCCUUCACCGGCAACAUGAAGAGCGAGUUCACCGUGAAGGUCACCGCCAUGGCGCGGUUCAAGGUCGGGGUCGCCCGGACGAGGCUGUACGACAUCAAGGUGUACUGCAGACCCGUCAACUUCUUCUCUGCCAGCCAGAGCAGCGCCGCUGGCAGUCCGGUCCGUUGCCAUGCCGCUUGAUUAAUUUAUUUAUUGGCAAGCAUGCUUGCAUGUACAACCAAUAGCCGCGAACAGUGAAUUCGUCUCUGUUACUGCCUCGUUAAAUUUCAGUUUAUCUCUAAAACUGUCCAUCAUUAUAAUGCUAGUAAUAUCGAGUGACCAGUGUUUGUCUGCUGA